GCGGAAAGUGCUUGUGAAAGAGAUACGAUUGGAACAGCAGCAGCAGCAGCAGAAGCAGCAGCAGCAGAUUCUGCACCGGCUACAGGAGAGUGCUGCUGCUGCUGCUGCUUCUUGGACCCCACCGCAGCGAGACCAGAGUUCUGUUCCUUUGCUGCAGUAGCUGCUGCUGCUGCUGCUGCUGGGCUGCCUCUGCCUGUGGCUCAGCUGCUGCUGCAGCAAGACGCUCUGGAGAGCUUUUGCAGUGAAGGAAACAGCUUUUACUUUGACAGCGAAGUUCUGCAGAGAGAGCCAUCGGACACAUGGGCAGCUUCAGCUGCUGCUGCUCUUCGGGAGCUGCUGCAGGAAGCCCUUAGCCUCCGUGCGUGUCCAGCAAAGAGACGAGCUGCUUCCAUAGCAGCAGCAGCAGCAGCAGCAGGCGCGAGCAAGAUGGGUCCAAAGCCAGCCGGCAAGCAGCAGCAGCAGCAGGAGCAGCAGCAGCAGCAGCAGGCGGGGUCUACUUUGCUGCGUCAGUCUGCUGCCGAUUUCAUCGCUGCUGCUGAAUCGCCGGCUGCUGCUUCGGGGGCCUCAGCAGCAGCAGCAGCAGCAGCAGCAGCAGUGGCAGUAAAGACGCCCAAGGGUUUUCUGCUGCUUGAGGGGCCCCUUGUAGCAGCACUUGAGGCCCUGGUGCUGCAGGCGACUGGCCUAGACCCUCGCAAGGAAGCAGCUGGGAGAACUUUGCUGCUGCAGCUGCUGCAGCAGCACGCAGACAACUGCCAUAUUCUGCAGCAGCAGCAGCAGCAGCAGCAGCAGGCCGAGCAGCAGCAGCAGCAGCAGCAGGCCCAGCAGCAGCAGCAGCAGCAAGUCCAGCAGGAGCAGCAGCAGCAAGCCCAGCAGCAGCAACAGCAGCAGCAGGCCCAGCAGCAGCAGCAGCAGCAGGCCCAGCAGCAGCAGCAGCAGCCCCAGCAGCAGCCGCAGCAGCAGGCCCAGCAGCAGCAGCAGCAGCAGGCCCAGCAGCAACAGCAGCAGCAGGCCCAGCAGCAGCAAGAGAUAGCGGAACAGCAGAAGCAGCCCGCCGCAGUAGUACAGACAGACCGCAUGAACAAGUCCCAGCAGCAGCAACAGCAGCAGCAGCAGUAA